AUGGGAAACGGAUUGAUAAAAGAAAAACAAAUUGAUAUGUUUCGAAAAAAAGGAGAUAUAUUAAAUACGAGAAAUUUUAAAGCUGUUCAUGUUGAAACUGUUUAUCCUCCAUUAAAAACUUCAACAAAAAUAUCUGUUUGUCGAUGUUGGAAGUCAAAAAAAUUUCCAUACUGUGAUAAUUCACAUCAAAAGUUACAACAACAAGGUGUUAUUUGUGGUCCAUUACUUUUGGAAGUUCGAAAAAGUAAUGCUGUUCGAUUAAAUUAA